AGUUAAUGAUUUGACAGCUUCAUUGCGUCAUUUUCACACACGUAUAUUUAGUUGGAAAAAUGUUGAUAUUUCUUUGAAAAAGGCCCGUAUAUCGGUUUCAAACAUGUCUUCUUCGGCGCUAUAUAUAUUAGACGUGAAGGGUAAAGUCCUUAUUUCGAGGAAUUACCGAGGCGAUGUCGAUAUGGGAGUCAUAGAUAAAUUUAUGCCAUUACUUAUGGAGAAGGAAGAAGAAGGAAUGUUGACUCCCCUCCUGCAAACCAGUGAGUGUACAUUUGCAUACAUCAAGACAAACAAUCUCUACAUUGUAUCUACUACAAAGAAGAAUGCAAAUAUUGCACUUGUCUUCGUAUUUCUGUACAAAACUGUUGAAGUUAUGACUGAAUACUUCAAAGAGUUGGAAGAGGAGAGUAUUCGCGACAAUUUCGUCGUAAUAUACGAGCUACUGGAUGAACUUAUUGAUUUUGGAUAUCCUCAAACAACUGAUAGCAAGAUCCUGCAGGAAUACAUAACUCAGGAAGGUCAUAAGUUAGAAAUGCAGCCUCGCAUUCCUAUGGCUGUCACUAAUGCAGUCUCUUGGAGGUCUGAGGGCAUUAAGUACAGGAAAAAUGAAGUAUUUCUUGAUGUAAUUGAGUCUGUCAACCUGCUGGCCAACUCAAACGGCAAUGUUUUGAGGAGUGAGAUUGUUGGAGCUAUCAAGAUGCGAGUGUAUUUAUCAGGUAUGCCAGAAUUGCGCCUUGGACUGAAUGACAAGGUGCUCUUUGAAAGCACAGGAAGAGGUAAGUCAAAGUCUGUGGAACUGGAAGAUGUCAAGUUCCAUCAGUGCGUCAGACUGUCUCGUUUUGAAAAUGACAGGACAAUCUCCUUCAUUCCUCCUGAUGGAGAGUUUGAGCUGAUGUCAUACAGGCUGAACACACAUGUGAAGCCCUUGAUUUGGAUUGAGUCCGUGAUCGAACGCCAUGCACAUUCAAGAGUGGAAUACAUGAUAAAAGCUAAAUCCCAAUUCAAACGACGCUCAACAGCCAACAAUGUUGAAAUCAUUAUUCCUGUGCCGCAAGACGCUGAUUCACCGAAGUUUAAAACAACAAUUGGCAGUGUCAAGUACACCCCUGAACAAAAUGCCAUUACAUGGUCUAUUAAGUCCUUCCCAGGAGGCAAGGAGUACCUAAUGAGAGCACAUUUUGGACUUCCAUCAGUGGAAUGUGAAGAUGUUGAUGGCAAACCACCAAUUCAAGUCAAAUUUGAGAUCCCAUACUUCACUACUUCUGGCAUCCAAGUCAGAUAUUUGAAGAUCAUUGAGAAGAGCGGCUACCAAGCCCUUCCUUGGGUCAGAUACAUCACCCAAAAUGGAGACUACCAACUAAGAACUAACUAAACUAUAAGGCAACUUUGUACUAAUUAUUACAUUCCUUAUAUUUAUAAGUAUGCACUAUCAAUGUUUAUUGUUUGGAAAUCUUAUCAGUUGUAUUAGGUAUUAAAAUGGAAAUAGUAUUAUGAAAUUAUUUUAUGCAGUAAUAAAUGCUCUAACCAUA